AUGUCCGGCAACGCCAACGCCUUCCUCGACGCCGUCAAGGCCCGCCGCACCUACUACCCCCUCUCCAAGGACCUGCCCAUCUCCAAGGAGCGCAUCGACGAGAUCGUCAAGACGGCCCUCGCCAACGUGCCCUCCUCCUUCAACUCCCAGUCUAACCGCGUUGUCGUCCUCCACGGCGCCGAGCACGAGAAGUUCUGGGACAUCGCCACCGGCGUCCUCAAGGCCAUCGUCCCCGCCGACCAGUGGGAGGGCACCGCGGGCAAGAUGGCCAUGUUCAAGGGCGCCGCCGGCUCCGUCCUCUUCUUCGAGGACCAGGACGUCGUCAACGGCAUGCAGGAGAAGUUCCAGCUCUACGCCGACCGCUUCCCCGGCUGGGCCACCCAGUCCGACGCCAUGCUCCAGUUCGUCCUCUGGACCGCCCUCGAGGCCGAGGGCCUCGGCGCCAACCUCCAGCACUACAACCCCCUCGUCGACCAGCAGGUCGCCGCCGAGUGGAAGGUCCCCGCCAGCUGGAAGCUCAACGCCCAGCUCGUCUUUGGCGGCAAGACCGGCGACGCCGGCCCCAAGGACUUCAAGCCCAUUGAGGAGAUCUUCAAGACCUUCAGCUCUUAG